AUGGCAUUUUCAUUCACAUUUAUGUUCCAGUUCUUGCUUCUUGUCCCAACUUUGAUCUAUGCUUCUUCAGUUCAAUAUCCUGAAUUAGUGGUCCAAGAAGUACAAAAGAGCAUUAAUGUGUCAAGGAGAAACUUGGGAUUUCUUUCUUGUGGAACGGGCAACCCCAUUGAUGAUUGUUGGAGGUGUGACCCCAACUGGGAAAAGAACCGCAAGCUUCUAGCCAAUUGUGCUAUUGGGUUUGGAAGACAUGCCAUUGGUGGGAGGGAUGGCAAAAUAUAUGUGGUCACUGACCCUAGUGAUAACCCUUUGAACCCAAUGCCAGGCACUUUAAGAUAUGCAGUUAUUCAACUAGUACCUUUGUGGAUCAUAUUCAAGCAUGACAUGGGGAUCAAACUAGAGAUGGAUCUCCUCGUGAAUUCUUACAAAACCAUUGAUGGAAGAGGAGCAAACGUGCACCUUGCUGGAGGGCCUUGCAUCAAAGUGCAGCACAAGUCCAACAUCAUAAUUCAUGGCAUACACAUCCAUGACUGCAAACGGGGUGGCAAUGGAUAUGUGAAGGACUCUCCUAACCAUCGUAGCUGGAGAAGAAGAUCAGAUGGUGAUGGGGUGACAAUCUUUGGCGGGAGCCAUGUUUGGGUGGACCAUUGCUCCUUGUCAAGUUGUUUUGAUGGCCUAAUUGAUGUUGUUCAUGGGUCAACGGCUAUCACCAUUUCUAACAAUUACAUGACGCACCAUAACAAAGUCAUGCUCUUGGGCCACAGUGAUUCCUACGAAGAGGACAAGCAUAUGCAAGUUACUGUAGCCUUCAACCAUUUUGGAGAAGGGCUUGGGGGAAGAAUGCCGAGAUGCAGGUUCGGAUUCUUCCAUGUGGUGAACAAUGAUUACACACAUUGGCAUAAUUACGCAAUAGGUGGGAGUUCAUCCCCAACUAUUUUCAGCCAAGGCAACAGAUUUCUUGCCCCGGAUGAUGAAGACCACAAAGAGGUCACCAAACACUUCACUUCAUCAGAGAGCGAGUGGAGGAAAUGGAAUUGGAGGUCUGAAGGAGAUCUAAUGUUGAAUGGAGCCUUCUUCACACCGUCUGGAGCUGGAGCAGCUGCUAGGUAUAAUAAAGCGUCAAGCAUGGCAGCACGACCACCUAUGCUUGUGCCUUCAAUGACAGCAGGGGCUGGAGCACUUAGAUGCAAAAGGGGCUACCCAUGCUACUAG